AUGGGACAACCAUCGAUUCUCUCAAGUCGUUGCGCAUCAUUUCAUCAUCAUCUCGUUCAUAUCAGCGAUCACGUCGAGACCAAACGUGUUCCAACAUCUUGGCCGGAUGAAAGAUCCAGCUGGAAUGGAGGCCCAGGGGUACUUGAUGAAAUAGUGGUUAACACUUGUCACUCGCGCCGCCGUGCGUAUGCGAAUAACGAUGAAAGCUACAACAUAUCGUCUCGCAAGAAGCCACAUCCACAGUACUCUACACGUCAGCGCGCUGCGGAGAGCAGCGUCCCAGGCGAGGAUCAUAUCACGACAGGAUCGCUCAAAGUAGGCGAUAACGAGAGGGCCGCGGAUCCGGCUAGACAUUGGCAGGGCGAUCUGGACCGUCCCACAGCCGAAAGCGUCAGCGACAGAAACGCGCAAGCAGCCAGUAAGGGCAGGGCCGAGGUGGUCAAGAUACUGCCGCAGCUUGAAAGUGAGACUAUGUGCUCAGACGCUCGACAAACUCGUCAAACGGCACAGCUGGCUCAGCAGCUGGCACAGCGGCCCUCGAGCCAUCCUCCGCGCGAGAAGGAGGCGGGCCAGUCAGAUCUUGAGAGCCAAGAGCACUUGAAGCGCGAUGGUGUUCUGGAUUCCGCUAGGAGUCACGACCUCGAGGGGGACGACGCUGAGACGCGCGGGGCUCACAAGUAUAGCCUUUGUCAGAACGGCCUCUUUCCUGGAGAUCUUGUCAGCCGAGGAACCAUCAUCGUGAUCGAUGGCGAGGAUUACGUCAUGUACAGCGUGCUCAAACAAGGUUGUGAUAUUCCGGAAUAA